GAACGUUUCUAAGAGGAGCGCGGGAGCUUAAGUGUAGGGUCUGGUGGGUUGUAAAAGCCCAGAAGAGAGUUUUCUGCUGCCAGGUUCUACUUGGAAGAGCCCCACGACCUUCCCAUCCGAUCCCCCUGCUACCUCGUAAGGCCUCUCUGCCUCCCGGGUGCCAGGUCCCAGGUUUCAGAGAAGAUGACAGAGGAACUGGAUCUCAUGGGACAGGACUCUGAUGGGGGUAGUGAGGAGGUGGUCCUAACUCCUGCAGAGCUUAUUGAAAGGCUGGAGCAGGCGUGGAUGAAUGAGAAGUUUGCCCCUGACCUGCUGGAAAGCAAGCCUGAAAUUGUAGAAUGUGUCAUGGAACAGCUAGAUCACAUGGAAGAAAAUCUCAGGAGAGCAAAGAAGGGGGACCUGAAGGUCAGUGUCCAUCGGAUGGAGAUGGAGAGGAUCCGCUACGUCCUCAGCAGCUACUUGCGGUGUCGGCUCAUGAAGAUAGAGAAGUUUUUCCCUCAUGUCCUUGAAAAGGAGAAAACACGCCAGGAGGAGGAGCCCUCUAUCCUUUCUCCAGCAGAGCUCACCUUUGCCAAAGAGUACAUGGCUAACACAGAGACCUAUCUAAAGAAUGUUGCCUUGAAGCACAUGCCUCCUAAUUUGCAGAAAGUAGACCUCUUGAAGUCAGUCCCCAAACCGGAUCUAGACUCGUACGUGUUUCUGAGAGUGAAAGAGCGACAAGAAAACAUUCUGGUAGAGCCAGAAACAGAUGAGCAGCGGGACUACGUGAUUGACUUGGAAGAAGGCUCACAGCACUUGAUCCGAUAUAAAACCAUUGCGCCUCUCGUUGCUUCUGGAGCUGUACAGCUAAUUUAAAACCGAAAAAUAAACAAGCAAUGAAGACAUGGAACUGAGACAUGGAACAUGGAAUAUUUAGAAACUCCACAUACCACUUUGUGCCUGCAGACAACAGACUUUUCUCAGCAGUGCCGUGGAUCACCUGGGCACUGAGAAGGACUCAGGGCGGGACUCCCAACUCGCCUGCAUCCUGACUCUCUGCUGUUUCAGCUGGAAUCAGCAGAUGGGGCCAUCGCUCUGUUCAGCCCGCACAGUGUGUGCGACUUUCACUUUGUGCACCUUCUCCCAUCAUGGUGUUUUCUGAAAUAAGGAAAGCGAGACAAAGGUAAUUCAUAAAAAGGCAUCAAUGCUGUAACUUGGGGGUCGGUAGUUAGUGCUGACCUGGUAGUAGCAGGAGAGUUCAUUUAACCUUCUUGGUAGAAAGAGUGUAAAUAGGUUCAAGAAAACAGCUGUGGCCUUCUCUGAUCUGUCUCUAAAUUGUAUAAACUUUUUGGAACCUCUAACAUUGGACUUAAAACCAAUCUCUGUCAUGCCUCACUGAGAAUCAAAACUAAAGCAAUAAAUCAUAAUCAAGUUGCAGUUUUGUGGCAGAAGGAGCCUCAACACAGGUCUCAGCUUGUGGUCUCACAGCACGUUCUCCCCGCUGCCGGCCUGCAUGCAGCCUUUUCUGAAUCUCGGGCAGCCUCGCCAGGCCGCCUCCAGGCCAUCUGCUCAUCCUUGGCGGAGGCUCUGUUAGCAGCAUGACAUUAAUACCCUAUACUGUGACCUCAGAAGUGGCUUUUCUUUUUUAAACUCUUUACUUUCUCAAGGGAAAUAAAUGGAUGAAAGUAAACCAGUGAGUGGAGACUAUGGCCAUGAUACCUGAAGGAGGAAUGUGAACAGUGAAUGAAUCAUCUUUCCUUGCAAAAUGAUGAAAAGCAGCCUGCAUUCCAGUCUUUUCUUGCUUCCUGAAAACGCAGGGGAUGUUUGUGUCUGUGAUAUAGGCUGUCUGAGUAAUCGAUGUAAUAUUGCUAUGAUUUUCAAGAGAAGUCUCUACAUGAAAACAAGGAAGAUUUUAUGAAUAAAAGCAUUCUAUAUUUCA